UUGAUGACCACAGCUAUGACCAGAACUAAGAAAAGCGGAAAGCAAGCAUUACAGAAUUAUGAGAAAGAAGGAAAGAGAGAACGUGCAGUGGUGGACAAAGUCUUUGUUAAGCGAUUAUGUCAAAUCGUGAAAAUAAUGGUCCCUAGAACAUUUUGUAAAGAGACAGGUUAUUUGUUACUGAUUGCUGUUAUGCUGAUACUGCGCACAUAUUGUGAUAUUUGGAUGAUUCAGAAUGGAACAGUCAUUGAAAGUGCUAUCAUUGGUCGCAGCAGAAAAGAUUUCAAGAAAUAUUUGUUCAACUUCAUCGCUGCAAUGCCUGCUAUCUCCCUGGUGAAUAACUUCCUGAAAUAUGGAUUAAAUGAACUUAAACUGUGUUUCCGAGUAAGGCUUACCAAAUACCUCUAUGAGGAAUAUCUGCAGGCUUACACAUAUUACAAAAUGGGAAAUCUGGACAACAGAAUAGCCAAUCCAGAUCAACUACUUACACAGGAUGUGGAAAAAUUCUGUAAUAGUGUAGUGGACCUGUACUCAAACCUUAGCAAGCCAUUUUUGGAUAUACUUUUGUAUAUCUUCAAGCUAACAAGUGCAAUUGGAGCUCAGGGUCCAGCAACCAUGAUGGCCUACUUGAUUGUUUCAGGGUUUUUCCUCACACGUCUGAGGAGACCCAUUGGUAAGAUGACCGUUAUUGAACAAAAAUAUGAAGGAGAGUACAGAUAUGUCAACUCGCGUCUUAUCACAAAUAGUGAAGAAAUUGCUUUUUAUAAUGGGAAUGCAAGAGAAAAACAGACCAUUCAUAAAACCUUUCGUAAACUGGUGGAGCAUUUGCACAGUUUCAUCUUGUUCCGGUUCUCUAUGGGUUUCAUAGAUACCAUCAUUUCUAAAUAUCUUGCCACUGUGGUUGGUUACCUUGUUGUUAGCCGUCCAUUUCUGAAUCUAACUCAUCCUCAUCAUCAAAAUAGUAACCAUGCAGAACUAUUGGAGGAUUAUUAUCAGAGUGGAAGAAUGUUACUAAGAAUGUCUCAAGCUUUGGGCAGAAUAGUCCUAGCAGGCCGUGAAAUGACCAGAUUGGCUGGCUUCACAGCUCGAAUUACAGAAUUGAUGCAAGUAUUAAAGGAGUUGAACAGUGGCAAAUAUCAGCGUACCAUGGUAUCACAAGAAAAGGAUGCAGAUAGAACUCAAGUUAUUCCUUUGAUACCUGGUUCUGGAGAAAUCAUCAAUAUUGAUAACCUUAUCAAGUUUGAUCAUGUCCCAUUAAUAACACCAAAUGGAGACAUGUUGAUUAAAGAUCUUAACUUUGAGGUUCGAUCUGGUGCAAAUGUUCUGGUUUGUGGGCCAAAUGGAUGUGGGAAGAGUUCACUUUUCCGUGUUCUUGGUGAGUUGUGGCCUCUGUUUGGUGGACGACUGACGAAACCUGAAAGAGGAAAGUUGUUUUAUGUUCCUCAGAGACCAUAUAUGACCCUUGGGACACUCCGAGACCAAGUAAUAUAUCCAGAUACCUUAGAUGACCAGAGGAGGAAGGGGAUAUCUGACCAGGUACUGCAGGAGUACUUGGACAAUGUCCAGUUGGGUCCAAUUCUGGAGCGUGAGGGUGGCUGGGAUAGUAUUCAGGACUGGAUGGAUGUGCUCAGCGGAGGAGAAAAACAGAGAAUGGCGAUGGCAAGAUUAUUUUAUCAUAAACCCCAGUUUGCAAUUUUGGAUGAAUGUACUAGUGCUGUUAGUGUUGAUGUAGAAGGAUACAUUUACAAUCACUGCCGGAAGGUUGGCAUCACACUGUUCACAGUCUCUCAUAGAAAGUCUCUGUGGAAACACCAUGACUUUUAUCUGCACAUGGAUGGGAGAGGAAAUUAUGAGUUCAAGAGAAUUACUGAAGACACAAUUGAAUUUGGAUCAUAAAAUCUAUAAAGUUGCAGUCUUUUUAAUUGCUCAAGCUGGAAGUUUGAAAAUAAAGGAUAUAAUAAGUCACGCUGAGACUGAAAAUACUGAGAAGCAUCUCCAUGGCCUCAAGUAUGGAGUCUCAUGCUGGUGAUAUUUUGAAGCAGCAGUGAUGCGGUCAGAGGUGCCUGCAUUUCAAUGAUGGGGGGGGAAAUUCCUGUAUGUGUGUAUAUUGUAAAGCGCUUUGUGGGGAAAAGGCGCUAUAUAAAUGUACAACACUAAGUGCCUUUGAAAUAAUAAAUCUAAAAAGAAAUUACUUCUAGGCUUUUUAUAUUUGUUGAUUGAUGUAAUUAGCAAUUCUGUUAUUUAAUAAUACAAAGAAAAGUGCAUGUUCGGUAAACCUAGUGCCAGUUUAUAAAACUUUUGACUUGCAGUCAACUUCAUAAAAUUGAUUGCAUUGUUUGCAUGAAAUUCAUACUCCGAUCAGUCAGAUUUAUUAUAAUCACUCUCAACUUGGCUAAUAGAAACAAAGAACUAAACAUUGUAGAAAUGGGUAUCAUAGCAAUUAUCCUGUGGAAACAAUCAGUAACUUUUCAUAUACAUUUUUGCGAGGUUAUAUGGACUGUCAAGACUGAAUAGAUGAUCAAGUUCUGAAAAUGGACUAUGAAGACCAAAGUUCUAUAGUUCCUUGCUAUUUAUCAAGCUGUAAAGAGAGUAGUUUCCAGUCCAGUCUACCUUCCAAAAAACUACUGGUGAUUACCCUGUCUGCUCUGAUCUGUUCUCUCCCUUCCGGGGGGGUAAAAAUCCUCACCAUCUGAACACUUAGAAUUUACUUUUGUGUAUGUGAAGGAUGACCCAGAAUUUGCUCCAUGAAUUAAUUAAAAAACGCUUGUGUUGUAAUUUACUUUUUAUUCUUUUUAAUCCUGAUACCAGUUUCUCGUUCACUUUAUUGGGAUUUAAAUCUUUAACAUAUCUCCAGUCUAGGUUUCCCAAAUUCUUUAGUUCUCUGCGACUGCUGACAUGUUAUUUUUGUAACGCUACGAAGUUUGUAGCCCUAUAAAAAAUAUAGAUCGCUUUUGGGUAUGGACAUGUGCACAGCUUCUUGGCUGAAGCAUAACAGAGUUGCCAUAAAGACAUGCUUUCCAGCCAGGAGACAAAAGAAGACUGCUGCUUAGCUCCCAUUACUCCCAGGGGAGGCUUUCAGUGGGCCGGGCCAGACAUUCCUGAUGGGGCUGCAUGCAAGUGGGGAGCUUUAAAAAGCUGCUGGUGGUUGAACACCAGCAGUCUUUUAAAGUUUCUGUCUCAUAGGCAGCCCAGUUACUUUUGUCACUGGGCAACAAAGGUGACAGGGCUGCCUGAAAAGGCUGACUGGGUGGUUUGCACUGCUAGGUCAACCCCUGCCAGUUCCUGCAGGGCUCCCUGACAGCUUGCUGCUGGUCAGGCUAUCGGGGAUUCAGGCAGCCACUGUCUGUCCUUCCCUCCCUGGCCCCACAACCUUUGGAGGCAGAGAGAGAGAGAGUAGAGCACUGUGGGAUACUGGGCCAGAGGGGCUUAGAGAGACCUGUGCAGAUGUUAAAUUUGUGGUGGAACAGUUUUGAGCCACAGAGAAAUUGCUGUCUCAAACAGUGACUUGUUUGGGGUGGGUUUGCUGUUUUUGUGGCAGAUCCACCAUUUUUAUAGCAUAACCAACAGCAUGUAAAGUGCAACAAAUGUAACGUCUGCCAGAGCCCUGAUAAUAUCCACGUUUAGGUGAAAUUUUUGACAUAGAAAAUGCCUUAUGCGAGGUACGUAUGAAAAUGCCAAACAUCCUAGGCUUGCAUUUUGUAAGACUCACUUAUCUGUAUAUAUCAUCAUCUUAGUAUCUGCUGCUUAUAUAUUGGCCUUUUUAUAAUUUUUAUUUAUGAAUUACAGCUCUUGAGUAAAUUAAUUCUAAAGAAGUUACAGUGUCAAAAUAAAACCAGCCUGGCCCAUGCUAGCUACUUAAAACACCAUUGCUUUGGCGCUAGUUUCCUCAGUGGUGGUAAUUGUUGACAGGCCAGUGGAAACCUGUGGCACUGGAAAUGGGUUCUGCUGCACACACUAGAGAGGUGAGGUGGUUUGCUUUGGUUCAGACUGCUGGUUUGCAUUAUGAUUUCUCACAUUUAACAGCAUGUUCUAGAGCAGGGAAGUUCAAUCCAUAGUAUGGGCAGUUGGUGCGUGGCACUCAGCAGAUUGGGGAGGGAGCAGGGAAUAUGGCGGCAAAUGGGGCAGGGAGCAGAAAGCACAGAGAAACGGAUCAGGCAGAGGAAGGGAAUUGAAGUGAUUGAUACUUGGGGAGAGGGAGGACCUACUAGCACACCUGCCAGAUAGUUUGGCCCCCCACUAUUUUAGAGCUUCAGGGCAAAGCAAUGGAAAGCUUGAUUCUUAGACACUUAAUCUGUGGAGAUGGGAUCACCCUUUAAAAAAAAUUAACACCCCAAAUCUAUGUUUGUGGUGGGAGCUGGGGCUGCAGCUUGCAACCUCUUAGUCUUUUAUAUUGACCUUUCGAGAGUAGUGAGGCCAUGCAUAGGUACAUGCAUAUGUAUGAUUCUUAUUGUAAGGUCAGGGUUUAAAAUGGUAAGAAGCAAUUUGCCGGUGUUAUUAGUUUUGUUAUGCCCAGGAGGCCUAGUCAUGGACCACUGUGAUUACAAUGUAAAACAAGGGGUCUCUUUGGAAAUGGCUACCUUAGAUAUGAGGUGUCAUCCAGUGCUGGGCUUGAGUAGAACAGGAUUGUAUGUCUGUAUAAAUGGGCCUUUUUUUUUUGGUUAAGUAAAUGGUAAUGCUUAUGCAAAACAAGUGAUUGUAUGCAUUAUAAAUUGCUACUGUCUGUGUUUUCUCGACAAGAGGAACUCAGUGUAAGCUCCCAGUCUACUUUUCCACCAUUUUUCAGUUCUGUGUUAAAGUGAUCCCAGGAAUUUGGAGUUUAUCUAUAUCAUGAUGUUCCUCUGUGUAAUGGAUUCCAUCUUUAGCUUAGACAGUUUUGCUUUUGAUCUUCACCCAUGUUUGCUACUUACUGGUGUUGAAACAAUAUACUGGAGAUCAGAGGUGACCAAUUUUUUUGGCUUGAAGGCCACUUAAUGAGUUUUGGUGUCCUCUCAAGUGUCUGUCUGUCUGUCUCUCUGCACCUACCCAGCACAGUGGAAGCAGACCCAGGUGGGCAACAGCAUCAGCUGGCAGGUCCUGGGUGGGGAUCAGGGCAUCCGCACAAGUCCACAGCUGACGCUGCCAUGUCAGCACUGGGCAGAAGCAGUCACUGCUACUCAGCACUGCAGAAAUGGUCCCACACAACCGGCACAGCAGCUGGAGCUGGAACCACUGGCUGCCUGUGGGCCAGAUCCCAUGAGUUCAUGGCUAGCUUUGCUGCCCAUAGAAGAAGGCCACUGAGACCAGUUGGUGACACUUUUGUCACUACUGGAUUAUUUUCCUAAUAUAAACAGGAGCUAAAAUGACCAGCUGAUUUCUUGCAUACUUUUAACCAGGUAUUGGACAAAAAAUGCUCGUUUAUCUGGGUUGAAUUUGAACCAUGAAUUAGAAGAGGAAAGCCCCAUUUCUGGUCAGUAGUUUUGUGAAUAAUCUAUUUUUGUCUUUGAGGGCAAAGUUAAAAACAGAGGUAAUUCACCUUUGGAAGGUUCCUUUUAAAAGAAUUUCCCUAAUACAGAUGUAGCCAGAAGGAUGACUUUAUUCCUUUUAAACAAUUUUUCAAUGUUCAGUCUACAUUCUGUUGCAGCUAGCCAGCUUGAACUUCCUUUAAGAAAAAUAAAAUAAAUUGCUUGCUUUAACACUAUAGCCUUUUCUUUAUAGUCAAGGCUCUGUACUUCAUGGCACAAUAGAACCAAAUUUUGCAUCAACAAGUUCAAGUUCAUUUUCAAGAAUCAAGUUAAAGGUCUCAACCUUAUCUCUAAGGUACUUAGCACCCUACAUCCAACACCUAUAGAAUAUCAGGGAAGGGAGGCCUACAAUCAAACUGUCUUUCACAAAGGUUUAGUCCAAGACUAGAAUAAAAUGCUGUCAUCAGAAAUCACUCUACUCCCUGUUCCAAACACAAGGCAUGCUUUUCAACCAGGCUACCUCUUAACAAACACAGGUACAUCCUUGCUGUUACUUAGUAGUGCUGCUGCCAAAAUCCCAUUAUUCUGCAGCACCCACAUUUUUUUCUGUGGAAGCAAUAAGGCAGCCAAAUGCUACAGCUGUUACUUAUGUUGCUGAGUACACUAUUCCAAGCCACUUGGGCACUGUUGUGAUGAGAGCUGUAAAAGAACCUGUGUGUGGAAUAGUGUUCUUAAAAGCAAAUAUUAUAUUCCCACUGAUGCCAUCUGAAGGUAGUUUACAGUAUGAGGGGAAGAUAAAGUAGAACUGCUUUGCCAAAGUAUGAACUUAGUGCUAUGUAGUGGGAGUCGCAUAUUUUCAAUCAGCUAGCCAUUGGCAACCCUUUCACUACAAAGGUAAUUUGUAAACCCUUUAUAGGCUCUCUUUCCAUGCUGAAUCACAGCAUGGGAAUUUCCAUCUCUGCUAUUCUAAUUAUGUAUAAAGAAGGAAUAAUAGUUCUAACCAAAGAGGCUAGCCUGAGAUGUCUGUGCAACAAUCCUCUUUUUUGAGGCUUUAAGGCCACUAACAGACAUUAUUUAAAGGCACAAUGGGAUAUGAUCCCUAAUCCUAACAAUUGCACCUCCUGCUAUGCCACACAUGCAUGGCAGGACGUGUGAUUUUGGGAUUAAGGACUAGAUUCCAUCAUGCCUUACUUGCAUGUGUAGAGGGAGGUGGUCUCUGACUUCUCCUGCAUCAGCAAGUUGACAGCCAGGUGCCAAAAAUCAGCCAAUGAUUGUUGGCUGGCUUCUUGGACCCACAGGGACUGAUUUGAACUGCAGUUCAGUCCCCAGAAUCCACCCAUGAUCACCUGAUUGUUGGCAGGAUUGGGACUGCAGUGGAGUUCAAGCCCUUGUGCAGUAUCAAUCCAGCCAAUGAUCAGUGUAUCCUCAGCCAGCAGGGACUAUACCAGGACCAGAACUGGCCCUGGUUCCAAUCAUAUUCACGAUCAGCUGAUUGUCAGCAGAACCAGGACUCAAACUGAACCCAGCCUGUCCCUACCAGCUGACAAUUAGCUGACUGUCAACUGGCAGGGACCACCAGGACCUGUUCACACCCUGGUGUGGUCCCAGAGCCAGCCAGUGAUCAGGUGAUUGUUGGCUGAUGGGAACCCCAGUUCAAUUCAAGGCCCAAUGGAAACCUGCCAGAAAAUCAUUGUCAGGGAUUCUGAUCAAGCAGGCCUGGCUGAGUCAGGCAUGUGAGUUACCAUGUGGGCCCCUGAUCCUUGGCCCAGUAUGGCUGACCCUAUUCUCUGCAACCAGACUGGCUGCUGAAAGCACCACUCACCCCUUUUAAACAUACCUGCAGCCUCAGACUGCAUUCAUGCCUUCACAGCCUCAGUCUGUUCCAGCAAGCAAUGCGUUCACAGCCCUCCCUGGUUCUCUUGACUUCUGACCUGGCUUUAACUUUGACCCUGAUCUCAGAUCUUACCUGAAACUUGGUGCUGGUUCUGCUCUCUCUGGUUUUCCUGGCAUCCUGACUUGCCUUGGUUUCCUUUACCCUGUUCUCGGAUUUUCCGUGGAACUUGGCAUCAGUUCCCUGACCCUUGAUCUCGGCUUGUGUCUCAGACUAUAUCUUUUGCUAACCACCCUGCUAACUUCCUAGUUGCCUCCCAUGGCCUGUCUGCAGGCCCAGCCACCAAGGUCCUGCCUGAACCCUCACUCAAUACACAUUUUUUGUGUAAGAAUUUUGUGGCUUAUUUCUAGUUUUAUUGCGCCGUUACUUGCCUGAACAUGUGGCUAGGUAACACUUUAAGAUGCAAUUAACUGUCCUCACUUCAUAAGAGCAAGUGAAGCUCAUACUAGUCCAUUUAUUCCUCUGAGCCAAAUAUGCUUUUCCCUUCCUGCUCCCAGCACAGAAUUUAAUACCAAGGCAGAGUCCAAACAAGUCCAAUACCUCAUGAUCUGAAUCAUACUUCUGAUCCUAUGACCCCAGCUGACUUCCUGCCCUUUGGGCAGGGGGCUGGACUCGAUGAUCUUCCGAGGUCCCUUCCAGCCCUAAUGUCUAUGAAAUCAUAACACCAUAUUUUACUACCAAACAUACUAUCUCUUGCUUAAUUUUAAAACUUUUUUCUUUACAAGAGAAAAAGAUUAAAGUGCUUUUCUUUUUACGUCCUAAUUGAUUUGCUUUAUUUAGUUAUUUAUUAGACAUAUAUGUGGCCCUUCUCCAAAAAGGCUCAGGGUAGCUUACAAUAAGCAAUAAAACUUGUAUAUUGGUGUCUUUAUUAUUUUAGUGAGUACUCAAUCAUGGGAAUCCUGGUUGCCCUGCAUAAUGCACCUGGUUAUAAGAAUACAGGCCAUAAAUUAAAGAUAAAAUGAUGACAUUCCAGAAUACAUUUGAAAUAUUAGUCCGUGUAUUGUUGCAACUGAACUUGAUUUAGCCCUAUUUAAGAUAUCUUUCUAUGAAUAAGUCUGCCUAAUCUACUGUUAUCUGGCCUUGUCUUAUGCAUUUGUUUUCUUUUCCCCUGAUUGCACAGAGGGACAGAUUAUCACCCAGCCUCUGUCAAAGUUAACUGUCACAUCUGUACUACAAAGCAUUAAACUGCAGGAUCUCAUUGGCUAGUAUGUAUUUCAUUCUUCCUGGUGACACCUCCAUAUUCCUCCUCUCUCAAAUAUUCCAGAACCAGUUGUAGAUUUUAUAACAUAAUGCAGUCAGGCUAGAUUACUAGAGCAGCAGUACAGUGUGUACAUUUCUUCCUGUUACUGAAGUUAAAGCUGGCCAAGUCAUCCUUGAAAUGUUGUAAAAUCAUCUCCCCAGGGAAGUAUGUGCAGAGCCAAAUAAAACACACAAAAAAACCACAGACACAAGGGAGACUUGAGUUUCAGUCAUCUUCUUUCACUUCAGAUUUAAAUUAUAAUCAGAUCCAAAUGGCUGGUGAAAAUUUCAGGGAAACAGCCUUCUCAUGCAAGAGGAGACUACUUGCCAGUAUCUCAGUGAGAAAUCCUGCAUUGUGAGAAUGCUCAUGCACUUGGUAUUUUGAAAUAGACAAUGUGGGGUCAAACCAGCCCUCCCUCUCACUUCCAUGGAAGAUGCCAGUCAAAGAUCAGGGUGUAGUUCUGGUUAAAAACGUCACAUUUUUACUAGACUGAGAACUAAUCUACGCUAUCGGGCAUUGGUAUGGUUAUAUCAGCCAAGAUGCCUAAUGGAGAGGCAGCUUUUACUGGCAAAAGAAAUAAUUUCUCAAUAUUUCUGAGAAUUACAAAUACUGUACCCAAAAAUGGAAUGUUUUUACAGGGAUAGGGCAGGAAGUUGGGUCUUGCAAAGCUAUGCUAGUGAAAGUUUUUUUCCCCCCAACACUCCUAGCCAUUGCAGCUGUGUUCACCAUGUGAAAAAGAAAACCUGAAAAGCAUGACAAAAUUCUCAGUAAGUGACUUUUGCAGUACCUUUCAUUGUACAGGUUUCAGGUUUCUAUUCUGAAAUACAACCAAACUCUAGAAUUAAAUGAAACAGCUACUCUCCACCAAUAACACAACUCAGCAAUGUUGGAAGUGUGAUCCUUUUGUUUAGUGUGGGCCAACAUUUUUGGCAGGCAUGCCACAAAUUAGCCUUCCACCCUCCCUGAGUGCCACUCUUAUCCCCUUCCCCUAUCUGAUCUGCUGCUCUACUUUCUGCUUCUUACCCUAUGCUUCUGGCUCGACCUGCUCCCUGCCCUAUCUGCUGCUGUGCUGUCUGUUCCCUCCCUGAUCUGCCACAUGGGACACACACAGGGUGCCCAUGCUAUUUGUGGCAUGCACACCACAAGUUGGCCACCCCUGCUUCAGUUGAAUUUUAAGAAGAAGGGAAGAUAGAAUGAACCAAAUCUUGGCCUCCCAAUCCCCAGUGAAAACAUAGAAGGCUAAACCAAACCAAACUGUAGUUUCCAUGUGCAAAGAUGAAGGUACUUGAGAAACUAGAGAGUGGACACACGUUAGAAAAUCUUCACACAUUGGAGAAGUGCUGUACACCAGCUCUUCAGAGAUGUGCAGAGCAUAGUCUUUGGAGUGCGAAAUGGGUCAGAGAAAAACUUGUUAUGGAAAUGGCUAUCAGAGAUCAACCAACUUAACACUUGUAUAAUAAGGUGGGAUGUAGCACUUGGAACUGUUGCCCUACCUGAUAGCUGGACUGUCCAUCUUCUGGAUGACAAGGAGCAGCACAGUACUCUAGCCACAGAUGCUGGGGCUGUAUGCUGCAGCCAUCACAGACCCUGGGGUCUCCCCCACCAUGGGAGCAGUCUGACUUCUUCUCUCUCACUUAAUGUACAGCACAAGUAGCCCAAGUUUCCCAGCUGCAAGCAGCCUGGGUUCCUCCUUGCCUGGGCUUUCAGGCUCUCUCCCUGCCACAUGUGUAGUGCCCUUCCACCACCCCACCCCCAGACACAGGGGCAGGAGCACAAAGUUAAAGGAGGGAAGGGGAGCCCAGAGACCCUGGCCACUGCAGGGGGGGGCCUGGGUUCACAUGUUAACCCCUCUUGAGCCAGAUAUGACCUGACCUUUGAAUAAUCCUAGCCUAUGGUAUUUCACAAAUUGAGACAAUUCAUUCUCUCCUGACCUUUAGAGUUCCACUUCGCUGUGUGCAUUUUCUCAAAGGUUAUAUUGGCAGGUAGGGUUUGGUUCAGUAAAAUGAUAAAGCUGAAAUAUGCUUCUUGCAUGCACCUUAUGUUGUUCUAGAUUUUCUAAUGGGUGACACAAUUUCCAUUGGUUGUCCUGUAGAACUUUAGGCAAUGGGGUUUUUUUGUCAAUGGCUCGUUAAUGUUUCAGUCAGUUCUCAUGAUUCUUUUCAGCUUAGUAUCCUGGAAAAGAAAUUGAGAUUUGAUCCUUGCUGCUAUUGUAAUCAGUGGGAGUUUUGCUAUCAAAAUGUAAUGGGAGCAGGAUCAAGCCCAUUUUAUCAUUUCAAUGUAAGCACCUUUUGGAAAUUAGAAGGGUAAUGUAAAAUAGCACAUAGCAAGCAGUGUCAGUGGAAAAGUACCCUCAAAUAGCAAACAAUUUUUAUCAGUCUCUUGAGUGGUCACAUUAGAAAGGUGCUGCUGUGUAUGCACUCCAAAAAAAUGUUGCUCUAGUACUUGAACAUUUUUGUGUCAUUUCUUUCUAACUUUGUACUAAGAUGCUAGUUUUCUUUAGCACUUCUGUGGUCGAGCAGUGUUUCCCAGUGCAGUAGAUUAGUGAGCCAUUUCCAUCUUACAUUUUUGUUUGACUUGUCAUUAUGUAUCACUUUAAUGCUGAAAUGAAUAAGAGGCUUCUUUGGUUAAGGUAUUAGCAAAAGGGAGCCAACAGUGCUCAGAGAGUAAUUGAAUUGCUAUUUAGUGGUGUAAGGUUUUUGUAGAAAGGUGUUGAGUAACACAGUGAUGAUAUUGCAUUAAUACUACAAAGCUGUCUAAAUUACAGUCCCACUUCUGUGUGUUUCAUACCAUAUUGGGGUAGGAAAUGCAGAAUCAUUAGGCCAAAUUAAUCCAUGGAGUAACAAUAUCGAAGCCAGAGGAAUUAAACCAAGGGUCUAUUUGUCUCCUUAAGCUGAAUGGUUCAUAGACAGAAAAAUGUGAUGAAUUCUAAGAUUUAUGUUUAGUGCUAAGACAAAUUAAUAUGAGUAUAAAGCAGCUGUCAAGCUCCUCUAAUACCUUUUUAAUGGUGCUUUACUAUGGGAAUUAACUAAAAAGUACUGAUACAAAAGUGGCUGUUAUCUCUGGUUGUAACCAUCUCUAAGAAUUCUCCAUAUGGGAGACGUAUGGAAACAAUGAAAUAAUAUCUGUUGUACAACAAGCUGAACACAUAAAGAAAGGGACAUGAGCAAAAGAUGUUUGAAGAAGCAGUGGUUAAAGUGAGUGGCCCAAUAUUUAAAAUUGUAACAUAUACAUAUAUGUAUUUGUAGCAUGUAACAGUUACACCUACGAAAUGUUUUUUCUGUUUGUGAUAUGGGAUUAAAAACUUGU